AUGGCCAUUACAGCGAGGUUGGAAGGCCUCUUCCGCGAGAGCCCGCUGGCAGUCUUCCGUGCCGUGCCAUGGAGGAGUGUGGAGCGGGAUCCUGUGCCACCAGCGGAGAAAGACCUAGAGGAGGAUGUCGAAGACAUCGACAUCGAGAUGGUUAGCAGCGAGGACGUUUUUGCAGGCCCAUGCGAAGUCAUAGAAGAGCCUGUGCUUUCAAAAAUCUACAUCAACGACGACGGCGUCAUUCAGAGCCCUCCACUCAGCAUGAUGGAGCAAGGAAUUGGAAAGGCCGUCGGGCAGGAAUUGCGCCGCGUGCGGGGAGGGAGGUUCAUGGCUCGGGUGGGGCCGCAUCAGCUGGAAGAUGACGCCGUCCAAGGCGCGAUCUUCGAUGUGGACGGAACGCUGUUGGACACGAUGCCACUGUUCUACCCAUCCUGGCCGAGGACUGGGGCACAGCCUCGGUUUGAUCUCCGGAUCACAGAGGAUGACUUCUAUCAUCUUGCAGGUGUGCCUCUCCCUGACAUGGUGCAGAGCUUGCACCUUGCUCAGAAAGGCUGUGAUGCCUCUCCCGAGUAUGUGAAGGAUUUCAUUGCAGAAAAGGUCCGCUUGCACAAGGAGGAGGAGGCCGAGAAGGGGCAUCCGCCGGCAAUUGCGUGUGUCGUGUCUUUGCUGAAAGAGUACCGUGAGCGCGGUGUGCCUGUGGCGAUCGCCACAUCCGGGUUGAAGGACAUUGUGUUGGAGCACCUGGAGGCAGCCGGGCUGAUGGACCUUGUGUCUCGUGAGCACAUGGUCUUCGCAUCGGAGGUGCCUCGCGGCAAGCCGGACCCCGCCAUUUACCUCGAAGCGGCAAGACGACUUGGCGUGGAUCCUCGCCGUUGCCGUGCCUAUGAGGAUGGGGAGAGUGGGCUUCGUGCAGCAUGGGCUGCCGGCAUGGAGGUCGUCGAUGUGACGUUCAUGGAAGACUAUCCGUCACCGGAAGCCCUGCGGAAGGCGAAAGCCGACCAGGUCCGAGAAAGGACGUGGCUGACGCCUGAAGCUGCUUCGUAA